GGUUGUGCAUGUGGAAUCCGUUGACGCAAUUUCGUGGGAAACUCUGGGUUCAUUCCAGCAUGCGCAGCGUGCUCAUUUCUUCCAUUCAAGCCGCUUCAAGUUCUAGGAGAAGUUGUAGGGCGGGGUGGUGGGUUUUUUUUCGAGGGAUUUGUUUUAGGUUUGGUGGAGUUCUGCACAAUCUCCAGGUCCUCGCUGGUUAUGUUCACCGAAAUGCCCAGGGUAUACGGAGCAGAAUGCAUCGCCUUGGAAAGCAGUACAGUAACAGUCUGCGAGGCGUGCUCCAUCUCGCUCGCAACUCGCGCAGGAUCAACGAAAUGACGCGUUUUUCUUAGCCUGUUCCCACCAACCGCUCUGACCCACCAUGUUGAGAUUUUCGGGAGUCCCAAGCUGACUCACCCGCUACACCCCGCAAUUUCGCCCCCCUACUUGUCGACGCUGACACGGCGACCUGCUCGGACUUUUGAGACUGCCUCGCGGUGUGCCUGGCGCGUGUAUCCGGAGGACCACAGUAUGGACCAUACCUACAGCCACGACAGCGGCACUUAGUUGCAAGGGGAGGCGGCUCCAGAAGGGGAGGACGGUUGGAGUUGGUUGGUUGGUUGGGGCUGCGCUCCUCUCUUCGUUUUCGUCCGCCCUGCACCCGCGCAAGAGUUCCCGCCGCGCUGCAGCGAAACGUGAGUUUGUUAAUUUACCGUAGCGUGCUUCACAGCUGCAAAAUCCCGUUGGCAAGACCUCAGAUUCGUGCGUAGUGAAACAGGUGAGCAAUGCUGCUCGAUCUCACUCAGCCAGGCUCGCUGGUUGCGACACGAUUUACGUGUGGCGGAGUGGGCUCCGUUCUGGGCACGGAUUGACUCACCUCCAAAGCUUUCCCUUGAUGAGUGCUGGCCGUUCGUUCACCGCAGACUGUCCACCCACUGCCCUACGCUGUGACUGGGACCGACUCCUAUCUAGCGUCCCGAACGCCAAAUCUGGCACUUACCUUCGUAGCUUGUUCGUAUACAGCAAAGCGACUCCAUAAAGGCUGACGUACCUACUCUAGCUGCUACCUACUAUUCCGUUUUUCUGGUUCACGAGUUUUGAGACAUCGCAACGUUCGAGACGCCCACUUUUCGCCUAGUAGGCGUUCCUUUUGAGGCGCCUCAAAAGUAGGCGUUCCUACUCCCCCCCCCCCCCCCCUUUCUGCCUGAGUUGCUGCUGGGCGUCGACCUCUCACUUCUCUCGCUGCUGUCUCACGUGGAGAAACGGCCUGCGCCCGGAGUGGCUAGAGUUGUGGUAUGCUUUGGCACAAACAUCAUCCAUAGCAGCCUCCAGCACGAACAGCCUUCAGGAAGCACCUUUCCUAGUACUAGUACCAGGCAGGAUGAGGCAGAGACAGCGACGUUACAGCACGUCAGACCAGCAGCGGGAGUACAGCAGCCGCCAGCUCGAGCCGUGUGGGAUUCCGCGGAAGGUUCUGUUGGGGCCGCUGCUGCUGGCUGCUCUGCUGCUGCACUCCGGCAUUGUCCACGGCAUCGUCUGGGAUCAGAAGCAAGCGGCUGUGCUAUGGGACCUGCAGGGCGCAUUGACUUCUGUGACUGGAGAGAAGUCUAGCUACACGGGGUGGAAUGCAGGCGACACCUGCACGACUGCUCAAAAGCUGCGUUGUGAUGGCCAGGGCAUGGUUAUCAGCAUAGACCUGUCUGGUGAAAGCAAGCUCGGCUCCCUCCCUUCCAGCAUUGGGGCCCUCGUGCGACUCACCUCCUUAGUGCUCCAGGGUAACAUUAUUGGCAAGGAGCUUCCAGGAUCUCUCAGCAGCCUUGUCAACCUCGUGCACCUUGACCUGUCUGCCAACCGCUUUGUGGGGACCAUUCCCUCUUUUGGCAAAUUGACAGCACUCACGUACCUCAACUUGUCCAGCAACUGGCUUGCUGGGCCCAUCCCUGACUGCUUUGGCGGCCUCUCCCGCCUUCGAACCAUCGACCUGUCGACCAACCAUCUCUCAUCCCUUCUACCCGCGUCAAUCGACAGCUUGAGCGCCCUUACGAAAUUUAGCAUGAGGAGUAACUACUUGUUCGGCGAGGUUUUCCCCUCUAAGUUAUGCAGUCUGAAGGAGAGCCAAGUAAUCAUUGUUGCCAACUGCUUCACCAGCCCGUGCGGCUUCGACCAGCAGCAGAAAAGUGCCGACGAAUGCGCCAUCGCCUGCGGCCUCGCGCCCCCCUCCAAUCUACCCUGUGGCGGCCACGGGUACUGCUACUGGGAAGGUGACGCUAGCCUUGUGGCGACCACGUGCGUGUGUGACGCAGGGAGUACCUACGUGGACGCCCGUGGGACUUGUGUUACCAGCACCGGCACUCCGUGGCACGCCUCCCAGUUGCCGUUUCUCAAGGACCUGAGGACCUCUUGGAAUUUUGAUGGGGGCAAUGCCCCACGCGGCUGGCAGGGUGGGGAUGACUGCAAGACCGCUGAAGUGCUCAUGUGCGACAAUGAUGGCAUGAUCACAGAUUUGCGUCUUUUGGAGGAUCACGUUUAUGGCGAAAUACCCCAAUCGAUUGGGGGCCUGGCAAAGCUGUCUUCCAUAAUCAUUAAGGGAAAUAAUAGCCUGCAUGGUCGGAUUCCAGAGUCCAUCAGUCAGCUAGCCAACCUUGCUGAGCUGGAGUUGAGAGACGUUUACCUCACUGGCAGCAUCCCUCCAGAGCUCUUCACUCUGACACGCCUCAACCGCAUAAUCAUAAGAAGCUACCAACGCCUGUCCUGUUCCAUUCCACAGUCCACCAGCCAGCUAACCAACCUUGUUGAGCUAGAGUUGGCAUACGUUUCGCUCACUGCUGUGAUACCUUCGGAGCUCUUCACUCUUACACCCCUCACCCACUUAACGAUAAGAGGCCGCUUUGAGGACUUUGGUUCUCUCCCAGAGGCCAUCAGUCAGCUCACCAACCUCGCUGAGAUAGACUUGUCAACAGCUGUUUUCAAUGGUGGCAUACCUUCAGGGCUCUUUACUCUUCCACUCCUCACCAGCAUUGUUUUUUACGACGCUCGCCUUUCAGAGUCGCUACCAGCAACCUUAUCCGAGAUGACGCGCCUCAAGCAUCUGGAUCUCCGGUACAAUCACUUCUUCGGCCCUUUUCCCGACAUCAAAGCCUUGGACCAGCUGAAUUUCCUAGACAUCUCUCACAACUUCUUUGCAGGAGCCAUCCCAACGACGACUAAUAUGAGCCUCUUGACAAGUCUCUAUCUGGAGUACAACUACUUUACGUCUGGGUCCAUUGUGGAUGAAAUCUGUAAUCAGCUUGACUAUGUGGGGGUCACAAGCAACUGCUUCUCCCAGCACGACGUGCCGUGCCAGCUGGGCGACUGGCAGCUUCGGGACUGCUCUGAUUUCUGCGGGAUGAAACCUCCCUCCAACCCCCCCUGUAACGGCCAUGGGUACUGCUACGGAGAGAACUUGAAUGCAGAAUGGUGGAAGCAGAGCGACAUGAAGUGUCGGUGCUUGAAUGGUUAUGGACACGAAGGGUCAGAUGAAGCGUCCUGCGUUUCUACACUGGAGAGCUCUCAGGCUGAAGUGAUGGAGGGCCUGCUGAAGCUGUGGGGCUCAAGGCCUAACGGGCCGUGGCAGUCUGAAACCGUUGAUUCCCUCCUGCGUUUCGCCUCCCUUGACCAAAAGUUCAUUGUUCAGCUUGACUUAUCAAAUCAAGGCCUGUCUGGAGCCAUCCCUUCCAUUUUGACAAAGCUCACUCGCCUCACACAUCUAAACCUAUCAGGCAAUGCAUUUUCAGGAUAUGUUCCUAGUUUCCUCAUCAGACUACUCAGCCUUCAGACCCUAGACCUGUCUGACAAUCACCUGUCCGGGUCCAUCCCGUCCUCCUUGACCAACCUAACGAAUCUUCAGACGUUGUCCCUCAGCAACAACUAUCUCUAUAUCGGAAGUCUCCCCGCCACCAUGUGCAACUCAUCAACGCUCACACUCUCCCUGCAGAACAACUGCUUCCCCUCCAGCGCCAUCCCUUGCACCCUCAACCACUCCCAGCACCCUCCUGAACAAUGUUCCGCCUUCUGCGGCCUCUCCGCCCCCUCCACCCUGCCCUGUUCCGGCCACGGCGACUGCUACUGGGAUGGGGGAAGCACGAGCAAUGCCACGUGUGCGUGCAAAGAGGGGUUUGACAACGGAGAUGAUCCUGGAACAUGUACUUCCCUGAUUUCACUCGCGGAAUGGAAAGUAUUGGAGGAUCUAUCAUCUGCAUGGAGUGGUUUUGAUGGCAGCGGCACAUGGAAGAAAACCGCCUCAUGCGCGCGCAUGAAUAACAUCAAAUGCGAUGCCACCAACCAUGUCGACCAGCUCAACGUAUCGGGGGAAGGCAUCCGGGGAGUCAUUCCAAAGGCCAUCAGUGGCUUGGAGAGCCUGCGCGUGCUGGAUUUGUCCCACAACUACCUGACAGGCACGCUGACGCAGUCUUUAAGCAAUCUACUCAACCUUGACGUCCUGGAUGUCAGCAACAACUACCUCUACUCGGGCUCUUUCCCCAAGACAACGUGCAGAGUCGCGCUCUCCCUGCACAACAACUGCUUCAAUUCCAGCGCCAUGCCCUGCGCCCUCACCCACACCCAGCGCUCCCCGGAUUGCUCCGCCUUCUGCGGCCUCUCCCCUCCCCUGAACUUGUCCUGUGCCGGCCACGGCAGCUGCUACUGGGAUGGGGGGGGGGAGGAAGGCACAGCCACGUGUGCGUGCGAGGAGGGGUACGGGAAUGGAGUUGAUCCCGGCACAUGCAUCCAGCUCUUGCCAGAUCUGGAAUGGCUUGCUUUGAAAUCUCUCAAAGCGGCUUGGGGUGGCUUUGAUGGUAGAGGCACGUGGAAGCAGAGCACUCCGUGCGAGCGGUUGAAUAGUGUCACGUGCGACGCCACUGACAACCACAUAGUCGGCCUGGACGUUUCCGGGGAAAGCAUACGGGGGUACAUUCCAAGCGACAUCACAGGCCUGUCGCUCCUCACUUUACUCAAUGUGUCCAGCAACGCCAUACUGGGGCCUAUUCCAGACUCCAUCAGCAGGCUGCAGAGCCUUAAAAUCUUGGACUUGUCACACAACCAGCUGUCAGGAGCUUUGCCAAGUGGGCUCAGCAGCUUGAAAGGGUUGCUAACACUGUCCGUGAGCAACAACUAUCUCUACGAGGGCACACUUCCCGCCACCAUGUGCACCUCAUCAGCGCUAACACUCUCCCUGCAGAACAACUGCUUCAACUCCAGCGCCAUCCCCUGCAACCUCACGCACACCCAGCGCCCCUCCCAAAACUGUUCCGCCUUCUGCGGCCUCUCCCCUCCCUCCACCCCGCCCUGUGGCGGCCGUGGCUACUGCUUCUGGAAAGGGGGGGAGGAGGAGGGCGUUGCCACGUGCGCGUGUAGGUCAGACUCCAACAGGGGCGGCACCCUUGAAACCUGCGGCGCCAUUCCUUCGGACUCGGAGUGGGCUGCACUGGAAGCAUUAACCAAGGCCUGGGGGUAUAACGGAAAUGGCACGUGGAGAAGCAAUGGCAGCUGUUCCAAUAUGCAGCGCAUUCGCUGUGAUAAUGACAACCACAUCAUCAGCCUGGACAUGACUUAUUCUGGAAUUUCGGGAAGCAUACCUGUGCUCAUUGGGAAUCUCGUCCAGCUGACCUCAUUGUACCUCCCUUACAACCGCUUAAGUGGCGCCCUUCCAGAGACUAUUGGGCAACUUACCAACCUGGUCGACGUGCAAAUGCACUUCAACUCGCUCUCUGGAGUCCUCCCCAAGUCCAUCUCAGCACUGCAAAAACUGGAGACAAUGGCUCUUGAUGUCAACCAGUUUACAGGCGAUAUUCCAGAUGGAGUCUGUAACAUGAGGGCGCUUGUGUAUUUUUACACGGCGACAAACAGCUUUACGGGGUCCAUUCCUGGCUGCAUGUCGGCCUUGACAAACCUUCAACUGCUGGACAUGCACCACAAUCGUAUGUCGGAGCGGUUGCCAUCCGAUAUUGGAUUACUGAAAAAUCUGGAGUAUCUGGAUUUCAGUUACAACUUGUUUUCCGGACGCAUACCUGCUAAUAUUACUGCCUUGAAGGCUCUCAAGACAUUAAACCUGGACAACAACAUGCUGAGUGGAGCCGUGGUGACGCUGCCAGCGAGGGUCACUUUCACUGCGCGCUCCAACUAUCUCUUCGGGUCCACCCCAAAGUCGUGCAAGGGCAGCCAGUUUGAUAACAACUGCUUCCGAUUCAAGUAUCGCAAGUGCCAAAAAACCCGUGUGCGCCCUGAGAGUACAUGGAAAAGGUUUUGCGGGCUCACACGCAAAAGCGCUCCCUGUGGGGGUCAUGGAACGUGUCUUUUGGAAGAUGCUGCUGGAACGCCUGUGUGUGACUGUAACGAGGGCUAUAAAAGAGGGGAGUCCCCAAACACCUGCAUCCCAAAAGGACAAGCCUAUCCCCUGGGUGUCAACCUUAUCCCGUCCACAGUCACCCUCACCAACCGCACAGCACCAUCCUGCAAACCCUUCUUUUAUGAGACUCCCUUCAAGCUCUUCUCGUAUGAGACCAUUAAGAGUGGUUGCGGCCGCGAGCUCUACUUCAAGGCCAGCUUUGCCUUCAUGAUGAUUCCUAACGUCCCUGGCACGGGCGGCAACGGGCUCGCCUUUGUCGUUUCUGCCACGAACAAGCGCGGCAACUGCAGCGGUGUGGGGUAUGCGGGGAUGGACAAACGCAGCAUGGCUGUUGAGUUUGACACGUGGCUGGAUAAAGAGCACAACGACAUGAGUGCCCAGCAUGUUGGGUUGAACCUGAAAGGGAGCCCCUUCUCGAACAAGACUGCUGACAUUGAGGAUCUGCUUAACAAUGGGAAGAUUUACUUCGCAUGGGUGGAGUACACGCCCAGCCUAACGGCGUCGGGGAGGUUGAAGGUGUUCCUCUCUUCUUCUCUCGACCAGCCCGCCAACCCCUCGCUGUCCAUGCCCCUCUCGCUCUGCGACGUCCUUGGGCCCUCCAAGUCAAACCUGUUGUACUACUUUGGCUUUGUGGCGUCAUCAUCAGAGAGCAAUCCGCAGGAGCAUGUUGUGGCCAUGGCAAACCUUACGACAGGAUAUCCGGAACCCCCAAAGCUUCCAGAGAAGAGAACCACGGGCCUGGAGGAGGAUGUGGACACGUUCCGCCCCAAGACGACAAGCCCUUUCACGCGCUACGUGAGCGCGGGGUACAAGCCAAGCCAGGAUAAGCAAGACUCGUGGAGCGUCAACACGAAAUCCACGUGGACCCUUGACCCACUCUGGGUGGCUCGGGACCAAGGCAAUUGCUCGGGCUGUUGGGCGUAUGCAGUGGUGGCGAGCAUAGAGGCGGCGUACGGCAUCGCCACCUACAACACGACGUACCCGUCGCUCUCCAUCGACUCCCUCUUCGCCCUCAUGGAGUUGCCCCCCUGCCAGAGCUCCUCACCCACCAAAGCCUUUCAGACCCUCGUUGCCAAGGCUGGCAAGGAGGAAGGCCUUGUGGAAGCCACUUCCUGGACAGGCUCUUCCCUGCCCUCCUCCUCCUCCUCCUCCUCCUCCUCCUCCUCCUCCUCCUCCUCCUCUCUCUCUUCCUUUCUCUCCUGGUCGCCCUUAACCUCAUUGAUAGCAGCAUGGCACCCUCGCUCUCUUGGCAAAACUGCAGCGUGGCACGCCCGCUCUCUUGGCCAAACUGCAAUCAAUAAUCCCCCUCCCGCAGCAUCAACACAGCCUAAGAAUUACCUGGUGCAUGGGUUCGAGAGGGCAAGUUUCCAAGGGUACUUCGGCCUUGUGCUUGCCGUGCAGCGGCAGCCUGUGGUGGUCCACAUCGAGGCCACCGCUACCUCUUUCAUCACAUACAAUGGGUUGCUCAGCUACAACGAUCCAGAGUGCUACACGGGCAACCUCAACCACGUUGUACUCGUUACAGGCUACCUUCUGAUGGGCACUGAUGACAGUCGGCCGCGCAUCAAUCCGCCCUUCUGGAGCAUCCGCAACUCGUGGGGCACGCAGUGGGGGGAGAAUGGGUAUAUUCACAUGGGCUUAACGCCAGGGGAUGGCAUCUGUGGCAUCAACGUGCUGCCUGGCAUCUACCCCGUCAUUAGAAUCCUCACCGACCCAUGCAUGAGCAAGGCAUACAAGUUGGAUGACGAAGUCUCGUCAGUCAUGAACCCGUGUGGGAAGUACACAUGCCUUCCCAAGGACAAUUCCAACAGCUGCGAAUGCAAGCAUCCGUUCAAAGAGGUUCCCAAUGAAGAUGGCUCUCACUCCUGCGCAUAUAUUGAUGUUUGCAAGGGCAGUGCGCAGAACCCAUGUGAGGCGGGCACAUGCAUCAACGAUGAGAAGGGCUCCUACACCUGUAUCUGCCCUCCCACUUACAUGCUAGACACCACCGUCGAUGGCUUCCCAACCUGCUCCACAAGUUGGGGCGUUGCCCCCACACUGGUGGUGAGCGGGAGCAACUGGAAUUGUUCCGACGUUCAUUCUCUCGUCGGGCUCACGCUAGAGCAGUUCGAAACCAUGAACCGUGAUGUCAUCUGCUCGAAGUACCUCACAGAGGGCAGCGUGCUUAGAACGAGGUCAAAUGUGAUUGCGUGCUCUGCGUUCUACUACACACUGCCAAAAGACACCUGCUCCUCAAUUGAAACCUUCCUCUGCCAGAAAGACCCCUGCACCCCAGUCAAUUUGAUGGCGCUCAACCCGGGCCUUGACUGCUCAGCUCUCAAAGUCUCCCGCUCCCUUUGCGUCGAGCGGGACCCUGCAGCUCUGAACACUGUUCCCAGCUGCAUUAGUACCAAGUUCAUAAGGAACCAGGAGGAGUGCAAGACUAGAGCGACGGAUAAUAAGAUUACUAUGGUAGAGUUUUACCGAAUGAACCCAGGGCUCAGAUGUGACGUUCCUUCACAGUUGGGUGAAGCUGGAAGAACGCAGGUGCAGGCUUGUGUGAAAGCAGAGUAUCUCGGCUAUGGAAGCGGUGGAUGUGUCAAAGGAGGAAGGAUGAAGUACUUCAAAGCCGGCACAUCGUGUAUGAGCAUCUAUGCCAGCCAUUUCGGAGGUGAUCGGACGAAAUUUGAGAAGUUGAACAAUAAAUGUUCAGGCACUAUUGGGGGGAAGCAUCUAGCACAGGUGCCUUUAUGUGUAAGCUAGAGAAAGUUCCCGAUAGAUCUAAUGGUUUAUUAACCCCCGCUUUCUGAGAAUAAACUAUCAUGAUCAGGGUCAGGGGUGACAUAAGGUAUUAGUAUAAUUUAAUGGCUGUAUUUAUAGACCCUUUGUUUAGCCAUUCCCGUCCCUAUGUGCAA